CGUCCAAAUUAAAAAUACCCAUCUCUCUCUCUUUCUCUCUGCUCUAGAACCUUCCAGGCUGUCACCAAUUAGGGUUCUCUAGGGUUUAUCAUAAUAAACCCCAAAACCCUAAAUCCCUACCAUUGAUUCAUUUUCAUACUCGCAAAAUGGUUCGCUCCAACGGUGUCAGGCUCGUCCACUCUCUUGCUAGUCGCUCUCUCCUCUCCAAUUUCUUCCACCAAUACAAGAAUUCCAUAUACGAGGCGGCGUGUAGAAAGGGAUAUAGGAAUUUCAAUUCAGGGUUUUGUAACCCAUCUCGAAUUCUUGGAAAUUACGCUUCGAAUAAUGUGACCCAGAAAAAUUGGUUGCUGUUGGGAGCUCUGAAUGCCAAUUGGAGUGCAGCUAGAUCAAUUCACAGCACUGCGGUUACAAGAGAUUAUUAUGAUGUCCUUGGCGUAAGCAGGAAUGCAAAUGCAUCAGAAAUAAAGAAAGCUUAUUACGCGCUUGCAAAGAAGCUACAUCCAGAUACAAAUAAAAAUGAUCCUGAUGCUGAAAAAAAGUUUCAAGAAGUUCAAACAGCAUAUGAGGUUUUGAAAGAUGAUGAUAAAAGACAGCAAUAUGACCAGGUUGGCCAUGAUACAUACGUACAGCAAGGAGAAAGUGGCUUUCCCAAUGAUUUUCACGGUCCAUUUAAAGAUUUCUUUCGAGAUAACAUUUUUGAUGAAUUCUUCAAUCGGAGACUAGGCGGUGAAGAUGUCAAGGUAUCUCUUGAACUCUCCUUCAUGGAGGCCGUUCAGGGAACCACAAAGACUGUGGCAUUUCAAACCGAGUUGCCCUGUCAAUCUUGUGGUGGACGUGGUGUUGCUCCAGGAGUAAAACCAGAAAAAUGUUCACGCUGUAGAGGUUUAGGAACGAUAACCAUGCAACAGGGCCUAUUUACGGUGCAGAUUACUUGUCCUCAGUGUCAUGGAGAACGAGAAAUUGUGCCCCCUCAGUACAUCUGCAAGUCAUGCAAAGGAAGACGAGUUGUGUUAGGAACGAAGUCUGUCAAGAUUAACAUCGUAUCAGGGGUAGAUAAUAAUGAAACUAUAAAGGUAAGUAGAAGUGGUGGAGCAGAUCCUGAUGGAAAUCAACCCGGUGAUCUUUAUGUUGUCAUUAAGGUUCGUGAAGAUCCUGUUUUCCGCCGAGAAGGCUCUGACAUUCAUGUAGAUGCCGUUUUGAGUAUCACUCAGGCAAUUUUGGGGGGAACCAUCCAAGUCCCUACUCUCACGGGAGAUGUUGUCGUCAAGGUCCGCCCUGGCACCCAGCCUGGUCAGAAGGUAGUUAUGAAGAAGAAAGGGAUCAAGACGAGGAACUCUUUCUCAUUUGGUGAUCAAUAUGUGCACUUCAAUGUCUGCAUUCCAACGAAUCUAACUAAAAGGCAACGUGAAUUGAUUGAAGAAUUUGCCAAAGAAGAACAAGGGGAAUAUGAUAAGGAUGCAGCUGCUGGAGCAUCGGGAUAAAGCGUAGACCAGAGAAGGCUUCUUUUGUGUGCUAGUAUAUUAAAUUCAUGAUUAGUAAGAAAGGAUAAAGGAACAGAAAUGAGAAGCAUUGAUAAUAGAAAGACAACGGCUCUGGAAGUUUUGUAGGAGUGGUCUUGGGUAAUUUUGUCCGUGGCUGCUUAUAUUCUGAUGUUAUGUAAUUUUGUUCCACACAAAUCUCAAUGGUAUUGUUAUAUCAUAUGAGGCCAAAAAUAUUUGAUCACUUGCAUCCAGAGAGUACCCAAGCUUGCAUUGUAUAUAUUCUUUAUUGUUCAACUUCUAUUUGAACAAUGUACGCAUGUCAAUCAUAAAGGUGAAAAAAAGAAAGAAAAAAUCAGUCUUUUU